ACGAACGUCAAUGUCAAAACGUAAAUGACGUGACGUGUAGGUAAUCCCAGAGGUAUCUUUUGAAAACGUUUGCGAAAUAUCUCGACAUACGGACAAUAUAUCGUAAUAAUAAAUUAUCAAUACAUUGAUUCGAUAAGGAUAUUAUCAUCCAUACUCCACGUCAUAAGUUUACAUUCACAGAUACUAAAAUGUUGAGAUUACUAUUCUUGGCUGCAUUGCUGCAGUGUACAAUUUCUCAGCAAUAUCAGCAGAAAGUGGCUCCAGGAGUUCCACCACAGAACUAUCAGAAUUAUCAACAGCCUCCGCCUCCUCCGCCCCCGCAACAGCAACAAUACCAACAACAACAACAGCAGCAACAAUUCCAGCCGCCACCACCCCAACAACAGCAACAACAAUACCAGCCCCCGCCCCCGCCCCCACAGCAACAACAACAACAGUUCCAACAACAACAGCCGCCGCAACAACAGUUCCAACAACAACAGCAUGGACACGCUCAUCACGGCGAUCCCCAACUCCUGAAUCCCGCCAACAUCGCACAGGAAAGAGACCACAUACAAGAACACAUGGAGGUCCCAAUAGACACAUCAAAGAUGUCUGAACAGGAGCUACAGUUUCAUUACUUCAAAAUGCAUGAUGCUGAUAAUAAUAACAAGUUGGACGGCUGCGAGCUGAUCAAGAGUCUCAUUCAUUGGCACGAGCAAGGUCAUAAACAAGCGCCGCAAGGAGGUGCGCCGCCCGUAGGCGAGAAAAUCUUUGGUGAUGAUGAAUUAGUGAAUUUAAUAGAUCCUAUAUUAAAUAUGGAUGACCAUAACAGAGAUGGGUACAUAGAUUAUCCUGAGUUUGUGAGGGCGCAACAAAAGAGUCAGCAGAAGCAAGGAGGCCAGUAAGGUUUAAGAGUAAAAUAGAUAUAUGAGGAAAUUAGAUAUGAUUGGUGGCAAAAAUUUUGUGAUAUAAGAAAAAAGAAAACUUUUUUCAAAGUUUUAUACUUAUGUAAAAAAAACUGUAGGUAUUUUGCUAGAAUUUUCUGAUAUUUUUUAAAAAUCUUGUUCCAAAUUGUUAUUUUGUUGGGCAAUAAAAGGGGUUUUAUUAAAACCGACUCAAAGCCAUGAAGGCCCAACAUGCCAUCUCAAAAAAUGACAAAAAAAAAAUGUUUUGGCGUUUUAGUACUUAAUCCCUAUAUACCUAAUCUGAUGUCGCAACAGUGAGUCAAAAAAAAAUUUUAUAGCAUUUAUAUCGCAUUUUCGAAAAAAAAACAUUCCAAUUUAUAAUUUUGUCACAAUCAUAUCUAGUGUCUACUAUAUGAAGCCAAUUCUGAUUAAAAACUUAGACUUAUUUAAUUUUAGGAUUCAUUUGCAUAUUACCUAACAUAUGUAUGUGUUGAUCAAAUAACUCUAUAUAUAUCUAUGAUCUUUAUACACUACUAGCCGUUUUCCCGCGGUUUCACCCGCGUCCCGUGGGAACUACUGCCCGUACCGGGAUAAAAUAUAGCCUAUGUUACUCGCAGAUAAUGUAGCUUUCUAAUGGUGAAAGAAUUUUAUAAAUCGGUCCAGUAGUUUUUGAAUUUAUCAAUUACAAACAAAAUUUUUUUUCCUCCUUUAUAAUAUUAGUAUAGAUGGUCGUUUCAUUUAUAUUUAUUGAUAUUUUAAUGCGAAUGAAUCCUGAAUUUAAAUAAAGAAAAAAAUGUACUGAAAGAGAUAUAUGUAUAAAAUACUUUUUGAUGGAGUUUUUUAAAUGUUAAACAUUAUUGUAAGAAUCCUUUGAACUUUAUUGUAAAAACAUUUUGUAAAAUGUCCGCGACACUGCAACCGCCGCGCGAACACAUGCUAGCUGUGGACUCGCGACAUAGCGUACACAUUUUUAUAUCGCGAACAAUUUUGGUGGAAUCUCGCCGUAAGGGUUGGCCCACAUGUCCUUUCUCUUUCUGUCGCUCAGAACUGCUAUUUGCUAGACCGAGACAGAAAGCAUAAUGCGAUAGCACGCGGCGGAAUCCUCGAGGCGAUCGCCAUCACUUAAUCUGUCUCGGUCUAGCAAAUGGCAUUUCUAAGCGACAGAAAGAGAAAGGGUGACGGAACAAACCGAUUCCGUGCUGCUAGAUGUGGUCCAACCCUGAGACGAACUUUUUGUUUUGGAUUGAAAAGUAGCUUAUCUUCGGAUAACCGAUCUCCGUUGUUUAGCUAUUAGAGAUUGAAUUUUGACAUAAGCUUUUUAUAAAUUAUACUGUAACUGUACUGUUGUUAUCUGUUUUUCGUCCCACUGCUGGGCUGCGGCCUCCUCUCACACGGAGAAGGAUUGAGCAUUAAUCACCACGCUUGCUCAAUGCGGGUUGCUGAUUUCAGACUAUAUAGUCCAGGUUUCCUCAAGAUGUUUUCCUUCACAUUUUUAUCAGCCAUUGGUGUCAAAGAUAUAUUUAGAAAGUACAUACAAACUUAUAAAUGAUGUCAAUUUAUAAUUUCAAUCUCUAAUCGCAAGACAAGGAUAGAUAUGUUAAAAAAUCCUAAGUAACUUGUGCGUUUUUUCCCCGUUUUUUUCGAAUCGAUUUUUGUGUAUAUUUUGAUUUAAUUACAUCUCACUUUAUUUUCGAAUAAAUAAUAAAUAAAUUAAAGUUUGUGUAUAUUUUGGUUUUUAAAUUAUCUCAGCUCAAAAAUGAUCUUCCAGUAUUUUUGGCAAAAUGUAUAUAAAAGUACUUUUUUCUUAUUAUUUUUUUACAAAAAUUAAGAUCUGUUUUUACCCAACUGCCAAGAUGGUGUAUAUCAUUUCUAAGUAUCUGUGUAAAAAAUAUUUUUUACAAUAAUAGUAGAUUACCUAUUAAAGUUUUUUUUUCUUUUUUCCUUAAGAUAUUUUUACUCUAUACUAUUUAUUUCUCUUUAAAAAAAAAUAACUUCUAAAAUGAUCAAGUGGUUCAUGACAAUUAUUUCACACAUUUAAUGUGUACUUAGUUGAAAAAGGCUCAAAAAUAGUUUUUUUUUACAAAUUAUUUCUUAUUUUUUUCCUUUAAUUAAAAUAAAUCUGUCAUUAUUUUUUUACCGUACAAAAGUCAGCUUACCGCGAUCCAUGUGUUGUUUUUCGAAUAUAGAUUGAAAUUUAAUUUAAUCCCCAUUCGCAAAACAACAUGGAUUGAUUCGAAGUUAGUAAACUUGGCUGUUGAUCAAUUUUGAACUUUAUUUCUUAAAGUAUAAAGUUGAAACAUAAACGAUUACUUUGUUUAUCGAGAGUGUACAUAUAAAAACGUUGAAAAAAAUAUUUAUUUCUCUUUUAAAAUCAAGGUUACAAGUAGGCCUAUCUACAUAAUUUUUCUCAGUAAAAACUGAUGUUUCUAUUUUUCCGACUAUGUUAAAAGAGUGUUAUGAUUUUGUGUUUUUAAUUUCUCUUUAGUUCAUUGGUUGUGUAAGUAAUAGAUGUAAGUCUUGACUUCAAUAAAAAACUUUAUAUUAAUAUGGAA